GCCAUUCAACGGACUGCUAUAUUUGUACUACAAAAGUAUUUGGGGUAGGAAAGUCUAGAAAAGUAACCUAUGCGAGCAUAUCUACAGUGUCAUUACCAGAACUAAAUUCAACGGAAGCUACAUUGCCAGAAUCAAAUUUAACUUUAGUUUCGGCUCCAGUUUCAUUGUCAACAGCAGUAUCUGAUUACGCGGCAUCAUGUUGUACUGAAUUGCAAACGGAAAACGAAAGAAACCCUUUGUCACAAGCACAACUCACUGAUUGGAUAAGGGAUUUGGAAUUGUCAAAAGAAAAGGCCGAACUACAUGCCCCUCGUAUGCAACAAUUUAAAUUUGUUUCAUCCGAUGUUAAGGUAACAUAUUAUAGGACUCGUCACGAACAAUUCUCCCAGCACUAUACGAAGAAGGACAGUGUUUGUUAUUGCAAAAACAUUGCUGGUCUAUUUAAACAGUUUGGUAAACCAUAUGAUUCAAAAGAGUGGCGAUUGUUCAUAGACGGCAAUUAAGGCUGUAUUAUUGCAUAUUGGCAACCAAAAGCCAUCUAUCCCGAUCGCGCAUGCAGUAAAUACGAAGGAAACAUAUGAGACAAUGCAAAAAUUGCUUAAAUUAAUUAAAUACGAAGAACAUGAUUGGAAAGCUAUGUGGUCUACAAUCUGGAUACACAAAAUACUGUUGCUUUCUAUGCAAAUGGGAUAGCCGAGCACGUCAAGACCACUACAUCAUAAAGGAUUGGCCAGAACGAAUCGAGUUUCAAGUUGGGGUGGAUAACAUAAAAUACUCACCACUUAUAAAAAAGGAAAAAAUAAUUCUACCUCCACUCCACAUCAAGCUCAGCCUUAUCAAAAACUUUGUCAAGGCUUUGGACAAAGAAGGCGAAGCUUUUCAUUAUUUGAAAACAAUCUUUCCACAGAUUUCAGAAGCAAAAAUAUAGGAAGGGAUUUUUGUGGGGCCGCGAAUAAGGAAAAUAAUGGCCAAUACCCAUUUCAAAGAACUAUUGUCACCAGUGGAGGCAGCAGCGUGGGACUCUUUUGAAAAGGUCGUUACUUCUUUUUUAGGCAAACACAAAAGUCCUAACUUCGAGCUGAUACUGAACGAUUUAAUCAAAAACUAUGCGGAAAUGGGAGUAAAUAUGUCUUUCAAAAUUCAUUUUCUGCACUCCCAUUUAAAUUUUUUCCCGAAAAAUCUUAGCGACGAAAGCGACGAGCAUGGCGAAAGGUUUCACCAGCAAAUGAAAAUGAUUGAAAGUCGGUAUCAAGGAUUCUGGGAUGUCGCUAUGAUGGGUGACUACUGUUGGUUUCUCAUAAGAGAAACCGAUCCUUAUAUAAAUAAGCGUCAAAACAAGACACAUAACUUUUUCAAUUAUAAAAUAAGAUCAUAGAGUUAAGACAGAGUCAUAUGUACAUAUGCUAUUAUUUGUAGGGUACUUAAGUUUUACUAUAUGGAUAUAUUUACUUGAA